UAAACAAACCAUCGUCAACACGCGCGCACAUUUUGCCGUUGUUGCUUUCGUUCGACAAAAGAGUCCCCGAAAUCUAUUGUUCUCGCGCCGUUAAACGAUUCCCACCCGAACCCGACCACAAACCCGCCUCAGUUCUUCAAUGGCCACCGACGCGAAACGUCCCAGGAUGGACGCCACCAAGCAGCAGCACAACAAGGGCAAAACCGACAAGCGAAACUACUAUGCCAAGGCGGCGGAUUAUCACCGGAAGAAACCGGCCUACCUGGAGGCGGGCCAGCGCGGCUUUCUGGUGACGUGCAACAUGCGCGAGCGGGACUGCACCCGGGACGCGUUCCGGCUGCUGAACGAGUACGCCGACGAUCUGUACGGCAAGGUGGGCGAAUCCCCGCCCAAGGAACAACCGGCCGAAGGAGGCGCCGCGGAAGAGGACGAGGAGGAGGACAUUUCGGUGCAGGUGCAAAAGCAAGCCGAAGCGGCCAAAAGCGAGAAGAAAAAGUUCCGGUUCGAGUCGGUGGACACCGGCGCCAAGAACGUCUGCUUCAUCACGACGGUGCUGGAAGAUCCGACGGAACUGGCGCUCAAGAUCCUGCGGGACGCGGCUGAAACCAAGAAGCAAAAGAGUCGCUACAUUCUGCGGCUAAUGCCGAUCGAAGUGGUCACCAAGGCCAACCUGAAGGACAUCAUGGACGGCGCCGGCAAGCUGUUCGAUCGAUACUUCCUCAAGGAACCGAAAACGUUCGCGAUCAUCUUCAACCGGCGGUUCAACAACGGGCUGGACCGUGAGAGCACGAUCAACGCGCUCGCGGAAAUGAUCAGCGCCAAGAACCGGGGCAACAAGGCCAACCUGAAGCACCCGGAGCUGGCGGUGAUCGUCGAGGUGAUCAAAGGGCUGACGCUGAUCAGCGUCGUGCCGGAGUUUUCCGAGCUGCGCAAGUACAACCUGAUGGAGAUUUGCACCCGGAAGGACGAGGACGCCAAGUCGCAGGAAUCGAUCGGGGCGGAAAAGACCGAGGAGCAGAACGGGAAGGAGUCUGGCGAAACGGUCGCUGCUGAAGUGGAAGAGGAGAAAGAUGCAGCAAAGGACGAGGAAGGUUCGCAGAAAGAACCGGAACCGGCUGCGUUAGCGGAGGAUGUCAAGAAGCCGGACGAUGAGGCUGUCCCGAAAGAAGAAGAGGCAAAGUCUGAGCAAUAAGUUUGUCUUUUGAUUUAAUAUUUUCGACUGUAUUUCUAAGUACGGUAAAGAUUUUCAAAUAAAUAACUGAAUUCGUUGACUAUACUUUAAACAAUA